GGGUGUGUCUAUCUCUCAUACAGCCUCAGACAGUCAUCCUGGCUGCACUACACCUGCACCCAGCACAGGGACCAUGAGGACCAUCCGCUGCUCCUACGCUCCUCUGAAAAACAAUUUCCAAGACACACUUUCCAGCGAUGAUUCUGAUUUCGAGAUCAUAGAAGAACCAGAUGUGAAAACUCAGAAAAAAGUUGAUGAGAAAAAGAAAGAGGAAGUAGAGGAACCCGUUUUGAUUGGCUGCAGUCAGAUUGUCGGGAAGGAUGAAGUCAAGCAGAUUGCACAACAAUUGCCACCAAAGGUCAUCGGACAGAACUGGAGGCUGCUAUACAGUACAGAGAAGAACGGCUUCAGCCUGAGGACAAUGUACAGGACUAUGAGUGCAAUCAGCUCCCCAGCUUUACUGAUUAUCAAGGAUGAUGAAGGAAAGGUGUUUGGAGGCUUCUCUUCCAAUGAGCUCAAGGUUAGCUCUAGUUUCUACGGAACCGGAGAGACUUUUCUGUUCAGCUUCACACCACAGCUAAAGGUCUUUCGGUGGACAGGAGACAACUACUUUUUUGUCAGAGGGGAUGUCCAGUCCUUGACAUUCGGAGGUGGCAAAUAUGGUCAUUUUGGUCUGUGGCUGGAUGAAGAUUUGUAUAACGGAAGAAGUCAGAGGUGUGAGACCUUCGACAACCUCAUACUGUCCAGUAGGGAGCAAUUCCGCAUCCACAGCCUUGAAGCCUGGGCAUUCACCUGAGUGCCCCUCGGGGUCCUCCAUGUCCAUCCUUUGGACAGACUCUUAAAAACGAUUUGUUGGAUGUAACAAAUGUCCGGAGAAUCGGGAAAAAGACAGAUGGGGAUUUGCUGGCAAUUCGAAUCGCUGACAAGCGGCUGCGUUUUUUUUUGGUGGCGAUUCAGAACGCUGCUGACUGUUUCUGUGACAUGGCCGGCUUCCAGGACUAUUCAAUUCGGGAAGUCCAUGAACUAGAUCUAAGCUUUUGGCCAUUGGCUGAUCCCCAUAUUGUUGUGUCACAGAAAU